AUGAAAAGAAUAAAGGACUUUACUAGAACGAAUCCUCCGGAGUUUCAUGGGUCAAAAGUUGAUGAGGAUCUUCAAGAGUUCAUUAAUAAGGUGUAUAAGAUAGUGGGAAUUAUGGGAUUGUCUACUGUAGAGAAAGAGAAAUUGGUCACUCAUCAACGAAAGGAUAUUGCUCAAGUUUGGUUUGAACAAUGGAAAAGUGAGAAGGUUGUUGAUGUGGAUCCUCUUGAUUGGAAGAAAUUCAAUGGAGGUUUUCUUGAUUGUUUCUUUUAUCUUUUGACGAGGGAGGCAAAUUUGUUCGGUGGACAAGGCCGUUAUAAAUUUCGGCAAAGGUUUCCCGGUAAAGGUUCUUCUAAUGAUCCUACCCCUAAGUUCUACAAAGAUAGAGUGUCUAAUUCUAAGCCUCAAGGAGGAAAUAGUGGUGGAUCUUUGAUGCCUACUUGGACAAGGUGUGGCAAGAAUCAUGAUGACAAAUGUUUGGCCGAUAGAGAUGGAUGCUUUAAUUGUGGAAAGAGUGUUCAUAAGAUGAGAGAUUUCCCAUUUCUUGCUACUAAGGGAAGGGAUGAUAGGAAAACUUAUCCUAUUAGUUUCGGUUCUAGUGCUCCAAUGCAAAACAAAUUUUAUGCUCUUCAGACUCAACAACAUCACAACGAUUCUCCGAAUGUGGUGACCGAUAUGUUGAAAGAAUUUCAACUUGAUGCAUAUGCUUUACUUGAUCUGGGUGCUACGUUGUCAUUUGUUACUCCUUAUGUGGCCAUGAGAUUUGAUGUUGAUCCCGACAUCCUUUAUAAUCCAUUUCAUGUCUCUACUCAUACUGGUGAUUCUAUUGUCGCUAAAAGAGUUUAUAAAAAUUGUCCUAUUUUGUUUCUCAUAGAGUUACUCAUGUUGAUCUUGUAG